AUGGAAGGGCAAUGUCAAUGCGGCUCUGUCCGCUUCACCACUCCCACCCCAAAACCCUUGAAAAUGUACUUCUGCCACUGUCUCGAAUGCCGUCGUCAAAGUGCCUCCGCGUUUGGUAUUUCGGCCAUUUUUCCGGCCUUCGAGAUCCCCUCGACCGUCACGGACAUCGGGGUCUACACGCACAGCAAUACGACUUCGGGCCGCGAGAAGAAAUGCUACUUUUGCAAGAAAUGUGGGACGCGCGUCAUGCAUGGAGGCAAGGACUAUGUCGCGGUGAAGGGCGGGUGUUUGGAUGCGCUGGAUAAGGAUCUGUUGGACUCUGCCACGCAUAUUUGGACGAAGAGGGCGAUUGUCCCGAUUCCAGACGGCGUGGAGUCGUAUCCGGAGGAGCCCCCUUGA